GUCCUUCAAAAAAAGAGAGAAAAGAAACACGAAGAAGAGUGCUGAAGAAUAAACACGAUCAAACUCGUAUUUCUCACUUGCAAAAUGUGAAGAAAUGAGGGGUGACUCAAGACUUUUGCACAGUACUAUAUGUGACGUAAUAAGGCAACUAUUUACCAGCUGGUUUUCCACUUAAACUGUGACAUCGUAUCGAUGUUUCCAGCUUGUUUGUGCGAAAAAUAGUAAUAGUCCACUGAUGCUUUAAUUAAAGACAAAGUUGAUCCAGUGCGCUCUUUUCCGGCCUCCUGUGGAUUCUUAGUUAUAUGCCUCUGCUGGGAUGAAUCCUGUGGAUAACUCAGCUGAUAGCACUUGCCUUUAGUGCUGUGUGGAAAUGACAUUGGUUCAGCAGAGCACACGCAUACUGUACAAUAAGAACAGCAUUCGUGUAAGGAGUCUGACGUUUAUAUCUUUAUUUUCUGCGCAUGGUUCUAAAUCCUGAUCCAGCUUCCCUUAAAUGCAGUUUUGGUUCGCAAUCCGCCCUGCGCAGAAAGAGAGAGAGGGAGAGCGAGAGAAAGAGCGCUCCUCCUCCUCCUUCGUUCCUCUUCCCACUACUCAUCCCGAAAGCCAAGGUAAUACGGUCCUCACGGCGGAGUCCUCUCAUCAUUUCUCCCCUCGCAUAAUGGAAACUGAAUGAAAGCAGCUGUGACACGCUCUGAGAAAUAACCAAAACCUACGACUUGCCAUUAAACUGCCCUGGAAGAAGGUCGUGUUUGUGUGGAUGGAGAAUUUUGAGUCGCACCCAUGUGCUACCUAUCCUCAUACACUCCCUCCCUUUCUUCUCUUUAGCUGGUAAAUGAGCUGAAGUCAAGCUGGUUGUGAAGGUGCUCGACUUCUUCCCCCCUACGCCCCAAGCCGGACACAGCAUGGCGGCGGGAGUAGCGGCAUGGCUUCCCUUUGCCCGGGCAGCAGCCAUAGGCUGGAUGCCUGUGGCCAAUUUGCCCAUGCCAGUAGCACCUGCUGAAAAGAACAAGAGGCAGGAUGAGCUCAUUGUUCUUAAUGUGAGUGGACGCCGUUUCCAGACCUGGAGGAACACUCUGGACCGCUAUCCAGACACACUGCUGGGCAGCUCAGAGAAGGAAUUCUUCUACAAUGAGGAGACCAAAGAAUACUUCUUUGACCGGGACCCCGACGUGUUCCGUAGUGUGCUCAACUUCUACCGUACAGGCAAGCUCCAUUAUCCACGAUAUGAGUGCAUAUCUUCCUAUGAUGAGGAGCUGGCUUUCUUUGGCAUUGUCCCAGAGAUCAUCGGUGACUGCUGCUACGAAGAGUACAAGGACAGGAAGAGGGAGAAUGCAGAGCGUUUGAUGGAUGACCAGGAGGACAACAAGGAUGCCAAGCUGCCCAAUAUGACCUUCAGGGAGACUAUGUGGCGGGCUUUUGAAAACCCUCACACUUCAACCAUGGCCCUUGUCUUCUAUUAUGUCACUGGUUUCUUCAUUGCUGUCUCUGUCAUCACCAAUGUGGUAGAGACAGUGCCCUGUGGCUCAGCGCCCAACCAGAAGGAAGUGCCAUGUGGUGAGCGCUACACCGUGGCCUUUUUCUGCAUGGACACGGCCUGUGUUAUGAUCUUCACCGUGGAGUACCUGAUGCGCUUGUUUGCUGCACCCAGCCGCUACCGCUUCAUGAGAUCUGUCAUGAGCAUCAUCGAUGUGGUGGCCAUCUUACCAUACUACAUUGGCCUGGUGAUGACUGACAACGAGGACGUGAGCGGUGCUUUCGUGACACUCCGUGUUUUCCGCGUGUUCCGUAUCUUCAAGUUCUCCCGUCACUCGCAGGGCCUUCGCAUCCUGGGCUACACACUGAAGAGCUGUGCCUCGGAGCUGGGCUUCCUCCUCUUCUCCCUCACUAUGGCCAUAAUUAUCUUUGCUACCGUCAUGUUCUACGCAGAGAAGGGUUCAAGCUCCAGCAAAUUCACCAGCAUCCCAGCCUCCUUCUGGUACACCAUCGUUACUAUGACAACGCUCGGGUACGGAGACAUGGUUCCUAAGACGAUCGCGGGGAAGAUCUUUGGUUCAAUCUGCUCUCUGAGCGGGGUGCUGGUAAUUGCCCUGCCUGUCCCUGUCAUCGUGUCCAACUUUAGCCGCAUCUAUCACCAGAACCAGAGAGCAGACAAGCGGCGGGCGCAGAAGGUACAGAAAGCCCGUUUGGCCAGGAUACGAAUAUCCAAGACAGGAAGCUCCAAUGCCUUCCUCCACAGCAAGCGUAAUGGCCUGUUUAAUGAAGCUCUAGAGCUCACGCAACUUCCAUACAAGAUGAACCUUUCGGAUCAGGGUUCCACUGAGGAUGAGAAACGCUUAAGCAAGUCUACCUCUCUUUUAGAGAGCCAGCAUCACCACCUGCUGCACUGCUUGGAGAAAACCACAAACCACGAGUUUGUGGACGAGCAGUAUUACCAGCAGAGCUACCUGGAAGGCGGGCUGCAGAAUUACCCGUCCCGAAGCCCCUCCCUUUCCAGUCAAGACGGCGUGACGGGGACGUGCUGCACCCGGCGAACCAAGAAGCACCACACCCCUUUACCGAACGCCAGUGCCCCAGCACACAUGCAGCCUUUGACACACACUCACACGCACCCACAAGGCUUGCAGGAGCUCAGCACCAUCCACAUCCAGCCUCUCAGCACCAGCCGCUCCAGUCUGAACAUGCGCGUAGAUGAGCCAGCCCCUCUGAACUGCCAGAGCAGCCAGAUCACCACAGCAAUCAUCAGCAUUCCCACGCCCCCAGUGACGACUCCGGAGGGUGAUGCUCAUCUGCCGGCAGGCCCCACCCACCAAAAUGUUGUGAAGGUGUCCGCACUGUGAAGACUAGAGUGCAGGCGCGUCACACAGAAAGACAGAUUUAAAAGGAAAAAAAAAACUCAUCGAGACAGACUGAGGGACGGAGGAGGACUGAGAACGAUGGAGGAGAGAAAGCGUUCAGAGUCCUGGUCUGGCCUUGGUUGAGCCUGCCCUCUGCUGGUCAUGUACUGUAACGACAUGGACUCCCCGUGUGGACGGAGGAUGGCUUUUAGAUACAGUGUCGUCAUGUUAGUGGUUGGCGUACGUGUUCGUGCGUGUGCGAGUGAAAGAGUGAGAAACACCUGUAGGGAGUGGUUUUAGAUAAGCGGGUGAGUGAGUGAGUGAGUGUCUCCCAAGUGUCAGUGGUGAGCUCCCCGAGUAAGUCAUGUGUCACUGUGCACAAAGCACCUUUUCUUAUGAUUUACGCUUCAGUUUGACUUUUUUAGCUGGAGAUGUAAGGAGAUAUAAGGAAACCUCAAAGGGAAACAAUAAAAUAACAAUAAUAAGACAUAAUCAACCCACCGCCUCAUCGUCCCCCUUUGUUUUCUGAAGUUGUAAUCUCUCCAUAGAUAAAUAUGACGCCAAUCCUUUUCAGCUCCAAUAUUAUUCCAAUUUGAGUAAAAAUUCCAAAAAGAUGGUUUUCAUAUUUUCAUGUUUGUGAAUGGGUGCAUGUGAAUUUAUUUUUUAUUUUUUUGGGCUAGAUAGAGGAAUUGUGAUCUUUUGGAUAGAAGGUGUGUGUGUGUGUGUGUGUGUGCGCGCGCGUGAGCGUGUGUGUUUGUUCCUCAGUUGAUUGAAAACUUGUGUUUCAGUUCUUCUGAAAGUCUCUAUGGCUCAGUAUGUGGUAUAUUUGACUAGCUGCCACUCUGAAGGGUUCAGCGCACACAUUUUUGUCCAAAGUUCUCAGCUACAAGGCUUUUACACGACAUGUGCCUGUUCUGCUGGAGUUUAAAGAUAUUUAUUCGUUUUUUUCUAGCUUUUUGAAUUUCUCCACGUUUCCCGUUCAUUCCCACUUUUCGGCUCUUCCAGCCUAACGGACCUCAAAUAUCUCGAUUUCCCUGACGUAGAAACCAAAAAGUCUAUUUUUAAUUCAAAACCAUCACAAUUAAAAGCACAAGGCGUUCGCUGAGAAUUUCCGACACAAAUCUGUCCUGAGCCUGGGAUCUUUGUGAAUAUUGUUAAUAGAAUAUUUUGUAAUAUUUGACCAUUGUUUGGCAGAACCAGUGAAGCUGUCCUCUCGUUCUCUCUCUUUUCCUCACUCUGUCUUUCUCUCUCCUCUCUCUCUACAUUUCUCUCUCGCGCUCUCUCUCUCGUUGUUGUCCCGUUGUAUCCCUUCCUCCUGUGUGAACAACAGUAUGCUUUCAGUAGUCUUUCUAGCCGUCAACGUUUUUUCUCCCCCAAACUCAGCGGGCAUUUUUUUUUGAAGUUGUUGAGUAUAUGUACUCUAUGUGGUUAGGAAACUUGGUGUUUGUACUUUUUGUCCUCCUUGGUGUUUCAGAUGAUUUAUUUACUUUAUCUUCUGGAAAAUUUAAAGCAGGGAAGUCUGUUGUAAUGGUGACCGCAGAGACACGAGGACACUGGAUGAGCAUCUACAGAUGUCUGUCACCAAAAAAAAAAAGUGUUGUUCUGUCUGUUCUCUUGAAUCCGAGGCCGAUAUGUAUUAUUUCUCAUCUAAUCCCAUCAAAGUUGACCUUUGUAACUCUGGAUUAUGACUUUUUAAAAAAAAUCUUGAAUGUCAUUUUUGGGUUCAGCGACCCCAAAGAGAAGUCUGUCUUCAUGUGGAUUUUCACCAAAAGAGGAAAGAGCAGACUAACCACCCGCUUUGCUCUGUGUAGAUAAAACGAAAUGGUGAUAAAGAGCACAAGGAGUGAGCCAGCGUUUCACCAGUAUAAGCCAAGAUCUUAUUUCAAAGGCAGUAUUUAAAAUCGUCUACAGCCUCAUUCACAGAACCUUGGGGAUGCGGUAUAAAUAUAAAUUACUCAAAAGGCAAUGAUUUCCAAAGAAUUUAAAUUGUAUUUUUAACUGAAACUAGUACAAAGACAACACACUUUUAUGACAAUUUUAAUUUGAUGCCACCCACACAUUUCAUUAAAGUAAAAGGACAGCUGUGCUGCAUACACUCUCUCUUUCUCAAAAAUUGUAAAUGCAUAUGAGAAAUAUUCAUUUAUGAAGUUUUGGAAUCCAUGUUUUUUCAUCUUUUGCUUUGUUCAUGAUAUGAGCUUCUCGUUUGAGUGUCUUUAGUCUUGUACUUCCUUUCAUAAGUGUGAAAGAUCCAGAUUGCAGGCAAGUCAUUUUAGUACCUGCCAGACCGCCUGGUGAAGUUCAAACCGAGCAUCAGAAUGGGGAAGAAAUGUCAUUUAAGUGAUUUUGAAUGUGCCAUAGGUGUUGGCGACAGGCAGGAUGGUCUGAGUAUUUCAGAAACUGCUGAUGUCCUAGGAUUUUUCCACACAUCCCAGAGAAAAAAAGAGAAAAUAUGAUGACUCAAAUAACCACUCGUUCUGUCAGCUAAAAACAGGAAACGCAGGCUUUGAAACACAGGGACUCACCAAAACUGGAGUUCAGGCUGGUGGUGGUGGUGUAGUGGUAUGGAGAAUAUUUUCUCGGCACGCUUUGGGUCCCUUAGUCCCUUGUGUUCGAGCAGCCCAGCCUACCUGAGUGUUGUUGCUGACCGUGUCCAUCCCUUUACAACCACAGCGUGUCCAUCUUCUGAUAGCUGCCUUUAGCCACAUCACAAAGCUCAAACUGUCUCAAGCUGGUUCCUCGAACAUGACCGUGAGUUCACUGUACUCAAAUGAUCUCCACAGUCAUCAAAUCUCAAUCCAGUAAAAUCCUUUGAGCUGUGUGCUGCUGAUGUGCAGCCGACAAAUCUGCAGCAACUGCCAGAUGCAUGAUGUCAAUGUGGACCAAACUGUGUGCAGCUAUUAGAGGUGAUUUUAAGCCCAUCAAGUUGUAGUUGUUUUCCUGUUUUUAAAGUGACCAUGACCAUUUUAUAUUGUUUUUAUGGUCCUCGUUUACAAGAUCUCACUAGCUUUUUAUGACUCUUUUAAAUGUAUUUUGUAACAUCAAUCAUGAAAUCAUCAAAAGAUUUUUUUUGUGAUUCAGAGGUAGAAUGGUGGCACGGUGGUUAGCACUGUUACCUCACAGGAAGCGGGUCCUGAGUUCAAUUCCACCAUGAGGCCAGGGUUUUUCUGUGUGGAGUUUGCAUGUUCUUCCUGUGUUUGUAGGGGUUCUGUCUGGGUACUCUGGCUUCCUCCAACAGUCCAAAGACAUCCAGUUAGUGUGAUUAGUUUAACUGGAAACUCUAAAUUGCCCAUAGGUGCGAAUGGUUAUCUGUGUUAGCCCUGUGACGUGUCCAGGGUGUACCCUGCCUCUCGCCCUAAGACAGCUGGAAUAGGCUUCAGCCCCCCUGCAACCCUGAAAAAGGAUAAGCAGGAAUGGAUGGAUGGGAGAUGAAAUCAUCAAAAUAUAAUUUUUGUUAUUUAGAAAUAUAUUAUUCUUCUUGUUGUCCUAACGUUCUCGGGCAUAGUGAACUCUGGCACAUCUUUGCUUCUGAAACACUCUUCGAACUCGUGACACAUUCAAACUAAACUAAUUAGUUGUGUUUUGUUGCCUGAUCCCAAAAUUUCUUAAUUUCAAAACCUCUCGUGUUGCCUUUGUAUUACUUUCAAUUAAAUAUAGAUAUUAAAUGAAGAACAAGGAAUUGCAUUGUAUUUGAUAAUUUGCACAGCAUCCUGACAUCCUGUUGGAAAUUGAGUUGUAAUAACGUGUUUGCUCACAUGUAGCUGAUGAUGACUUUGCUGUAGAAGUAGACUUUUUAAAACUACUGCCAAAUAGCUGCAAAUGUAUUACAAUCCUUUUAAAAAAAUAUAUACAUCUAAGCAUCUUAAGAUGAAGACAUCUGAAAAGCUUAAGCAGUUUAACAUAUACAUUUGUACGAAGCCUUAGAAAACAUAUCAUAAGCCAUCAGGUGGAGAUAUAUAUAACAUACUGGUACAAUACCAGUGCAUCAGGUCCCUUGAUUCUGUGUCAUGCUUUAGUUCACUCUGAUCUUGAGGAUAGCAUCAACCCCCCAAAAAGCUGAACCUAUUCUGCCAAGUUGGAACAGGAUGUGUUUUAUCUCUGAUAUUCCUGGCAGUGACUUAGUGCUGUCGCUGAUAGUUUAGUACUGUACACAAGAACAACUGCAUAGAGGCAGUAUUAGUGUUUAGUUAAACUGUGUGCAAAAUUUACAUGGGGUUAAAAAAAACAUAAAAGCACAGACAGAGCUUUUUUUCAGUGUUCUUUAAAAAGUGGGGUUAGAGACAGUGUCUUUAUAUUUACAGCAUAAAGUCUGACAUUUAGAAUCUGUUAAAUCUAGAACGAGGGUAUGACAGGUAUCGGCAGAAGCGAGGCUCCCUGCAUUUUUUUGAUUUAUUUCAAUUUUUUGCUAAAGACGGUGGUUCAUUUCCUGCUUCCCUGUUUCAGAACAGGUUGUUUUGUGUCAGCUGCUCUUACAAAAUGACACAGUUUGAAAUAUAUGUAAACAUAUAUUCUGUUCAAAGUGUCAAAAGAUUGCUUUUUUUUUUUUUUUUACAAACAACUAAAACAGGUCCGUUGUUGUGUUCGCCUCUCUUUCUCUGUUAUGUAUUCUCCUUUGAUUGUCCUUUUUUUCUGGGCUCAGUUUUCCUCUCACUCUUUGCUUUGCCCUCCUAUGCCACCUGUCGUUGUUGAGACUACUGCUGUGCGUAACUUGUCAGGUGUUGGAUAUUAUUUAUGACCUUGUCUUGUGUCCCAACUGUGAAACGCCUGAUAAAACAUCUAUAUCUGCCACUAAUACAUAAUCUCUGGGCUCCCUUCUUCACCCACCUUUAAAUCAAUGCUUUCAAGUGUGUACAUUUUUACCAUAGAUUCAGCGUCUCUUCCAAUAGUGCAGUCCUUUUGACCCAAGUGUUCAUGUCAAAAUAUUAAACCUUAAAGCUCGCAAUUUUUUAUGGGAACAUCCUGGGAUGAACAGGAAGAUCGUGUUCCGAAACAAAGGAGCUAGGUAACAGGGGAGGAAAUGAGGGGAUCUAUUGGAGCCUGCACACGGGUCAGCACCAUAACUGAUGUUUCCAGCUCCAGCAUGGUGUUGUUAGAAAAACAGGAAGUGCAAAGAAAUUAAAUGUUGUGCUCAAUUGUUUUCUUUUCUUUGG